GAUGACGUUCGCCGCAAUUUUAUGUCAUUUGUAACCCAACAUGGCGACUAGAAUACACCGUAUUUUCCUUCUUUUGCUUUUYCUGCRAUCUUCCUACGGUUUAUUGAUUGACAGCCGUGGCAGCGACUUCGUAGUGGGGUUCAUUACUCAGCAUUUCAAGCAUGUCACAAACGGUACCAACCGCCUCUACCUCACAAGCGAUACACAGACCAUUGUACGAGUUCAGGCACCCUCGAUCAAUCUAGAUACACAUGUCCUAGUCACACCGGGUACACCACGGGAAGUGGACCUACCGGGGAGGRCUCGAAUGGAUGGCAAAACCGGUAUCGAGAGAAAAGGAAUACGACUAACAGCUAGUGAUAAGUUUAGUGUAUACGGAAUGAGCUUUGUGACAAGGUCAAGCGAAGGAUUCCUUGGGCUUCCUGUGUCRGCACUUGGAACUAAUCACGUGAUAUCAACGUUUGAAGCAGUGAUGAGUGCAAUAAUACUUGUAGUGGCUCCUUCAAACAAUACCCUGGUGAACAUCAAGUUAAAAAUCACGGGGCAAGGGAAGGUAACUUUUCGCUCUACCAUGUAUCGCAAUGGUGAUACUAUAUCGCUGACAUUGGACUCGCUCCAGUCUUUCCAGGUCGUUUCUGACCGAGAAGAUUUGACUGGGACUAGAGUAACGAGUAACAAGCCUGUAGCCGUGUAUUCGGGCAAUGAUUGUGCUUAUGUCCCAAUAAACAUGAAGUCAUGUGACCACCUAGUAGAACAGCUCCCUCCUGUUGAUCUAUGGGGGAAUGAGUUUAUCACCAUAGCAACAACCAAUCGAAAGGCUGGAGAUCUAUUCCAYGUUAUAGCGGCUAGCGACAACACUGAGGUCUUCAUUGAMAGUAAGCGAGUGUCUACAAUACAAGCUGGUGAGCAGCAYGAAUUUGAUUCUGCGUACAACGAGCUUCAUUUGGUUGCGACGUCCAAGCCAUGCCUGAUGGUCCAGUAUGCUAAGGGUUUUAGUGUCGAUGAUAGCUUGUUUGAUCCCUUUAUGUCCAUUGUACCCGCUACUAACCAGUACAGUAACGACUACGUGGUAUUCGUGCCCUUGUACCAAGAAGCUAGAUUCACUAGCUAUGUCAGUGUUACAGUAAACACGUCAGAAAUCCAUGACAUAAAAGUAGUUCAUCAAGGAAAGCUUAACUCAAAUCUAAAUUUCACCCAGUGUAUCGUGGUCAACGGAACGUCGUAUUCUGUUUGUCGUUUGAAUCUUACAAAAGACGGUUCGUACCGCAUCUUUCACACAAAUCCUCGAACCACGUUCGCUUUACUUACAUACGGGACGUUGAUUAAGGAAGCAUACGGGUUUCCUGGGGGAAUCAGGAUUUACAAAUCUGUCAGUGGUUGCGUGAAGUCUAAGAUGGUUCCAGUGGACGGCAUUGAUAAUGACUGCGAUGGACGAAUCGAUGAAGAAAUAUUCAAUGGCGUUGAUGAUGACGGUGAUGGUAAAAUAGACGAAGAUCUCGUAUCUUCUCCUCCAAGUCUGUUCCUACCUGUGAAUGCCUCUGUCAAAAGCUGCUCAAACAUAUCUCUGGGGCCGAGUAAACAAGGACAAGCGAUAGGAGAAGCGCACGGAGUGUGCGGUGCGCGRGGUCCUGUUAGUAUAACAUUCUCCGAUCACAUUAUCAAUAAAAAUGAAUGCGGUUUUACUGUAGUACGGCAAUGGACAGUCACCGAUGCCUGUACGAACACAAAGACAACUAAUCAAUACAUCGUCGUUAAAACUUCGCCAAAUCCAAUGUUGGAUUUUCCGAAGGACAUGACGCUGACUUGUCGAGCGAGGAAAUAUCUGACACCAGAAACACUCGGAAAAGUUAAAGUGCUGAAGAAUCCGUGUCAAGGCUCGGUCGAAGUAACAUUCAAAGAUCACAUUCAUUCUCCCUGUUUUACGACCGCGAGGAACCUGGUGCGUGAAUGGACGGUUCAGCAUGWUUGCGGGCGCAUAACCACAGAGAAACAAGUGAUUCGCCUGCUGCCAUUAGAAAGUACAUCACGAACGAGGAACUUCAACGUUUCCAUAGUAACUGACGACAUUCAUACCAACGAAACGCCUGUCCAAUCAACGACGAUAAUUCAAAAACAGUUGGAUAAAGUCUUGAUGCUUUCCUUGAUUGGUGAUUUCUAUUUAGGCAGUAAUGUCUUGAAAUACAGACCAAACAGCAGUAGUAAUGCCUCGGCUGAUUUUCUUGUCAAGUUCGACAUCCAUUCCUCCAUAAUGCCUGCAAACGUACUGAAUAGUCUUACAAUCGCUGCGAUGAUUGGACAAAUGAGAAACRUCACUCAAAGCCCUAGCCAUAUUUUAGUCCAGGAUUUCAACGAGUGCGGAAAUCCAGAAUAUUACAGCUGUGACCCAAAUGCUGUAUGCAACAACAAUGUGGGCUCGUUCAACUGUUCUUGUCUUCCUGGAUUUGUAGGAAAUGGAUCUGCGUGUUAUGCUCGUCCUGUAAUAACGAGAUUAAGUCGUCACACAGAAGCAACAAAGGGUGAAAAUGUCACCAUACGUUGUGAAGUKUUUGGAAUCCCAGCCCCUGAAGUCUCUUGGACCACCCCGUAUGGUGUUUAUAUCAAAGGGGCGUUGGCUGUACACGAGGUCGAUACUCUCGAUGACUCGACGAAAAGGAUGCGUAGUAAAAUGCAACAGGAUGAUGGUUCGUUGUUGAUAACAGAUACAAGCAUAAGAGAUGCUGGUAUCUACACGUGCAUUGCAAGAAACAGACUAGGAGAGGAACGUAUGGAUAUCAACCUGACAGUCAGAGAAGAUCAGUUCAUGGUGCAUGCUACUGUGACGUUAAUCGCGGAAACCUUCGAAAAAGAUCUGCAAGACAGAGAGUCUUUGAGAUACAGGAUACUAGAGGAAGAACUGAGGACAAAGUUAUCUGAUUUGUUUGUGAAAAUAAAAGGAUUCAAGAGAGUGGAGAUCAUCAGAUUCAUUAAAGGAAGUGUUAAAGCUCUAUUUAGAGUUGUGAUGGCAAAAGACAAGUCGGCUGAUUCCAACGAUAAGGCGAAAACACAAGUCGGCGAGUCGUUACGGAAGAUGGUCGCUACCGGGUACAUUGGUAAACUGAGAGUCUCGAAAACGAUACAGCUGCGAGGAAGACCACCAGCCCCAGUAAACCUGACCUCAAGUGACAUCCAGUCCACCUCGGUCAACGUCCACUGGGCCCCUCCAGAACUGCACGAUAUGUACCGCGUGUCGUUAUACUCAUUACAGUACAAGGAAUUUGGCAAGGGGGUUAAAGUAUGGAAGACACUCGCCUCAGUCCCUGCGCUACAACAUAAAAUGAGUGACUUGGAACCUGGGUCGAGCUAUAUGAUACGAGCCAAGGCGCAUAAUGAUUAUGGUAUGAGUGAACCAAGUGAACUUCUUGAGAUCAAGACAAUCAAAGAGAGAAGCAAGAGUGAAUGGGUUCUUCUCAUUCUCGUUCCUAUCCUUGUGUUCAUUAUCCUCGUGUUCCUUAUCGUCUGUAUCGUUAGAAUGAUCCUGAAGAAGAGAAGAGGAGGAGCUUAUGAUCCUGCCGCUCGAGAAGAAGUGGCCAUGAUCAACUACACAGACAAAACUCCAACCCUAAAUUCACUUCGUACAAAAAAGUUCACUUUAACUAAAGACGAUCGCUACGCAGAGCCGUCCUCAAAGAACAGUGUACCUGAGAGUCAAGUAGGAUUACUGUCAGGAUUACACGACCACUACUUGUGGCGUGUGCUGUCACGUGAUCGGGUCAUACUGGGUGACGUAYUGGGGGAGGGUGAGUUUGGUCUCGUGUACAAAGGGACGUUUGUUGAGGACAGUGGAGAGGAAAUGCCUUGCGCGGUCAAGAAACUUAAACGAUCAGCUACAGAAUCAGACUUGAAAAACCUGCUAAACGAGCUCGAAAUAAUGGCAUCGGUUGGUAAACAUGAGAACGUCAUUAACCUGAUUGGAGCAUGUCCUGAAGGAGGUCCGUUACUAGCAGUGGUAGAGUACGCGCAACAUGGGAGUUUGUUGCGUUACUUAAGGCAUCACCGUCGUCAAAAUUACGACAACCUGAAUGAUUACACCAUAGAUAUUUCAGCCGCUAACCGACUCAGAUUUGCCUGUGAGAUUAGCAAAGGAAUGGCACACCUUGCUUUAAUGAAGUGUGUUCAUCGUGACUUAGCAGCUCGCAAUGUUCUUCUGGGAGAAAGCCUGGUUGCUAAGGUAUCGGACUUUGGACUAUCCAGAGAUGUUUAUGCAGACAAUGUCUAUGAAAAGAAAACUGGGGGUAUAUUACCUGCUAAGUGGAUGGCUAUUGAGUCCCUUGAGCUUGGCUUGUACUCCAGUGCAAGUGAUGUAUGGUCUUUUGGUGUGUUAUUAUGGGAAAUCGAGACAGGAGGGGCCACGCCAUUUGCUUCAUACACAGUAGCAGAAAUCAUUGAACAUCUAAAGGCGGGAAGACGACUUGGACGUCCAACUAAUUGCAAUAGAAAUCUAUAUUCUGUUAUGAUGCGUUGUUGGAAUGCGAAUCCAGAAAAAAGACCUAGGUUUGAUGCAUUAACACAAGAAUUAAAGGACUUGUACAUGGAGGAAACGAUGUAUGUCAAUGUUAAAGGAAUUGAUGAUGACGAUAAUAUGAAUAGAUCUAACCGUAAACCCGAGAACUGUUGACGAUCAACCAAGCAAUAAAAAGUAGAGAAUUUUUCAAAAAUGUCAAAGAUGCUGCCGACCAUGCAUAUAAACGACCACGACAAAUGAAUUCAGAAAUGCUACAAAUACUAAAAGAGUAGCCUCAGUGUUAUCAAACCCUGAAACAACCUCUGUACUGGGCUGAUCAAAGUCGGGGCGGGCGGCACAGUUAACUCACAGAUAGAACCUGAAACAACCUCUGGGCUGAUCUAAGUCAGGGCAGCCUUAUCGCACAGAUCAAUUUACUAGUUAUCAUGUUAGGGGGAUAGAAUGAAAAAUAGCAAUGGAAACAUUUUAGACUAAUAUAAACUUUAAUAAGUAACUUCUUAUUUAAACAUUUCAUAAUAAAAUUGAACGACAAAAACAUGUUAAAAAUGUGACGACGUUUCGACGAUGCACAACGUCAUURUCAAUUCUCAUACUCAUUAAUAAUUCAUGAGUAAACCAGCCAAUCAAUGGGCUAUUUUUGGGUCACAUGAUGUUACUUGAAACCUGGUAAAGUGCUGUGAAAGGAAUGCAUUCAGUCUGGAGUAACUGUCCAGUCCUCAUUGUCGGCUUUGAAAUAUUACGUCAAAAAUGAACUAGAAAAGUAGAAUAUACAUAGAAAUAAUAACAAUAGAUAUAUAAUAACAUAAUCAGACAAAACGUUUGGCACGUAUGGAAUCUGAUUGUACAUUCAAACUAGGCAAGUUGAGUUGUUUGAUCAGCAACAUCUCAUUAAUAAGAGUCAAAUCUGUCUUUGUCUAAACUUUCGUAAAGAAAGGCACACAACAGUCUUCAUAGCCUUUGAUGUAUUAAAUUAAAUUUAACUGUAUGUCAUGUAAAUACAAUAUUUUAAUUUGCAAAAGAAAGAGAAAAAAUAAAUUGAUAGCAGACUCAAACGAGAAGGCGACAAGCUUGGGAAUGAAGUCAAGCUCAGUGGUAUAUAAUAUGAAUAAAAUAGACAGUGAAUCAUA